AUGGAAUUCAACCUGGAAGCCUUGCUGGAUCGGCAGACGUUGCUGCUCGACAAGCUUUUACGGAUGAAUGAGUCUUUGCAGGAAGAGACCAUCAGCGUUCACCUGCUCAGGCCUCAUCUGGAGACUUUGCGGCGAACUGCAAAUGAUUUUGAGAAAGCGUAUUCCGAAAUUAUUGUCCAGUUGCCUAGAGAUCAGCGCCCAGCUCAGCGGAAGGAUUACACGAACUUCGAAGAAUUGCACAACGACGUGUACGUGAAGGUGCAGACAAGGAUCGACCAAGCGGAGCAGCAGAUGAAAGUGGAAGAAGUGCGGAAUGUGCCAAACCCGUUGGCUCCUGGACCUCCAACCUCAGUGUACGUACAAGCCCCAGCGCCUCAACUACACGCACCAUUUCCCAGCUUCGGUGGAGAGCCUGAGAACUGGUUCAGCUUCAAGAGUUUGUUCCACAGCAUUAUGGCUAGGUACAAAAACGAGCCUGAUGCUAUGAAAAUCUUGCACCUUCGGAACGCACUUACAGGUGAAGCCAGAGACAAGAUCGAUCAAGAUGUUGUUAACAACAACAGUUAUGACACCGCGUGGAAAAUUCUGGAAAAUGCCCAUGAAAACAAGCGCCUAAUUAUGGACACCCACAUCGAUGCCAUCUUGGACUGUCAAAAAAUAAGCAAGGAUAAUCGUGGAAAAUCUCUUUCCAAGCUAGUUGAAGUUUGUGGAAAACAUGCUGAUGCCCUUAGCGGUCAUGGAUUCCCUGUUGAGGGUUUAGCAGAACUUGUGCUGGUUAAUGUUCUGUACAAAAAGCUUGAUAAAGAAAACCAAGAGCAAUGGGAAUCGAAGUUGGGAAACGGAGAGCUACCCGAUUUCGAAGAUUUUUUGCGCGAACGAGGACGUAUUUUGCAGCGAACAAACCGUGCACAGCAGCAGCCGGUGCAGCAAUCAACAGCAGCUCCAAACAAACAGCGCCAACCAUUGGGCCAGAAGUCGUACCCCCCUUCCAAGUCGUUCGUACAAGUCGCAAAGGAGAUGUGUUCGUGUUGUAAAGCAGAGCAUUCGAUCCAUCGCUGUGAAAAAUUCCAGAAUAUGUCGCUCCAAGAAAGGGAGGCCGUUGUAGCGAAGGCAAAUUUGUGCUUCAACUGUCUGAAGGCGAAACAUCGUGUCGUCAGUUGUCCGUCUGAUCGGGGAUGUAAAGUUUGCGGUCGCAAGCACCACAGCUUGCUGCACUGCACGGAUGCUCCCAGCGGUGCAGUUCCAGAGAAGAAGGAAGAAUCAAACGAAGUUCAUGCAGCAGAAUCCGCAGCGCAACCUCAAAAUCAGCAGAAUGUUCCUGAGCAGCAGCGUAGCAACUGUUUUGUGCGCCAACAUUGGUGGUGA